AUGGUUGUCAGACCCCUGCCAGAAGCCUUGCAGAAAAUUGCCAUAGAGGAAUUAAAUGAAGAUCCCAAGAGAGUGGAAGCGGAUUUAGCCGCCUUUAAGGAAUGGAUCUUGCAACAGCCACACCUGAAAGCCCGCAUGGAUGAUCAAUUUCUGAUAGCCUUCCUGCGUGGUUGUAAAUACAGUUUGGAAAAGGCCAAAGCUAAAUUGGAUAAUUUCUAUACGUUGAGAGAAAAAUAUCCUGAUUUACUAAAACGUCCCAAUUUGGAGGAUCCCAAAGUUCGGGAAUUAUUGAAAUUAGGUAUUGUUUUAUAUCUCCCUGAACCUUUGACGGAAUCUGGUCCUCGUUUGGUAUUGGUGCGCAAUGGUGCCUAUGAUCCUUCACAAGUUUCAUUUGGUGAAGUGGCCCAACUGCGUCAACUGAUAUCGGAUAUUGUCAUGAUGGAAGAUGAUUAUGCGGUGAUUAGUGGUAUUAUUUUCAUUAUGGAUUUCAGUCAAGUUGGAGCCUCACAUCUCUUCCAAGUCAGUCCGAGUGUAAUGCGCAAGGUUUCACAAUAUUCCGAACAGGCUUUACCCUUUCGCAUUAAGGCUUCACAUUUUAUUGACACACCCUCGGGAUUUGAGCCUGUGUUUAAUUUAAUCAAACCCCUGUUACCCGAGAAGAUACAGAAUAGGUUAUAUGUCCACGGUGGCAAACGCGAGGAACUUUUCAAAAUCAUCCCUAAAAAAUUCCUACCCAAAGAUUAUGGUGGUGAGAGUAAAAGUAUCCAGGAGUUGAUUGAUUAUUGGGAGGAGAAGAUGUUAUCCUAUAUGGAAUUCUACAAGGAAGAGAACCAAUUUGGUGUCGAUGAAUCAAAGCGAAUAAAGGAGGAGACCACAAAUCCACCAGAAACAUCAAUGGGUUUGGUGGGCUCGUUCCGCAAACUUGUGGUAGAUUAA